GGGGCAUGAGAUCGUCGUUCGCAGCAGCAACAGGAAUACAGGAAUAUACAUAUUUGCAUGUUUGACACGUCAUCGUCAUCAAUUCAAUGAUAUCGGACAUCUGGCUCGCAGUCUCGGAAGCUGAAUUGUACAUGGUCGUCGUCACUCGGAUAACAGUCGGCGCCCGGAAAUGUACACAUGAAUCUGGCCGAUCAGGAAAACGCCGCGGCCAGGGCCCGUUGGGUCAAGGAGACAAAGAUCGGAGAAGGUACCUACGCCAAUGUAUACAAAGGCUACGACGUAAAGACCGGCCAGAAGAUUGCUAUCAAAAAGAUCAAGGCAGGAGCAUUCAAGGAUGGUAUCGACAUCUCCGCCAUCCGGGAGAUCAAGUUCUUGCGAGAGCUCUCCCAUCCCAAUGUUAUCGCUCUGCUUGGAACGUACUCGAAAGCCCAAUCCCUCUCUUUGGUACUGGAAUAUCUGGAUACCGACCUCGAAGCGGUCAUCAAAGACAAGACGCUCGUCUUCAAGCCCGGGGAUGUCAAGAGUUGGAUGGCCAUGAGUCUUCGCGGCUUGGACUUUUGCCAUUCGAGGGGGGUCCUCCAUCGUGAUCUCAAACCGAAUAACUUGUUGAUCAGCAGCAAGGGCGAGUUGAAGAUUGCCGAUUUCGGUCUGGCCAGGGAAACGGGCGAUGUAGAUAGCCGCAUGACGUGCCAAGUCGUCACUCGUUGGUACCGACCUCCCGAGCUACUCUGGGGCUCGCGGUCCUACUCGUACGGUAUCGACAUGUGGUCGAUCGGUACCAUUUUCAUCGAACUCGUUUUGCGCAAGCCGUUCCUGCCAGGGGACUCGGACAUGGACCAACUGAAAAAGAUCAUUACCGUCCUCGGUACACCUACCGAGGAAGAAUGGCCGGGUCACAAGCUCCUACCCGACUACGUCAACAUCGGCGAAGAGAGCCGAGGGCAGCGGUGGACACCGUGGAUUAUGAGCGUCGGCAAAGUAGGGGUGGAAUUGAUCAAGGAGAUGCUACGCUAUGAUCCUUUAAAGCGCAUUUCGGCCAAGAGCGCUCUCUACCAUCAAUUCUUCCUGGACGAUCCGAGGCCGACGGCGCCGAUCAAACUUCCCAAGCCGACAGCCGAGCUCGUACCACGCGCUAUGGCUCCCGACGAAACUGAAGGGAAACCAGAACUCAAAACGGCAGGCGGAGGCGUCAAACGAAAGGCGGAAAGCCCAGACCCGUUUGGUGAUGUGAAAAAAGUCGCCAGACGAUUAUUCUAGCGAUAUCCGUCGUGACGAAUAAGACUGCUCGCAUCGGUGCAAUGUACAAGAAGAUACCCCAUGUAUCGUUAUAUCCAGAAUCGCGAAAUGGU